UGUAAUUGUGGCGACGAACGGUUUGUUGAAGCUUGCAGUCAUGUGGCGAGUGCAACUACAGCUGAUUGUAGUCAGCUGUUUGGGUUGCAUCAGCUAUGCGGAAUAUCUUGGAUGUUACCGAGACUCUCAGGGUGAUUUAUUCAAGGGUCAUCAACAGAAUUUUAUAUUUAGUUUGACACCAGAGACAUGCAUAUCUGUGUGUGAACGCAAGAACUUCCAGUACGCUGGUCUUAAAUCCAGAAUCUUGUGUCUGUGUGACAAGAAUGCUCCAGCCGCCAGUCUGAAGAUAGACGAGUCACAUUGUAUAGCCUCGUGUGUCGGAGACUCUAGCAAGAGAUGUGGUGGAGAUGAAACUAUCAGCGUCUACACCACCAAACUAGCCACCAGCGAAUCUCCUGCUCAGGAAUCAGGAGGACAAGUCACUGAGAACUAUGUUGGGUGCUACAAAGAUAACGUUAACGAUCGUCUGCUAUCUGGAUUUUUCAAGGAAUUACAAAAGAACUCACCGGAACAAUGUAGAAACACUUGCUUCAAGCUUGGCUAUCUAUAUGCUGGGGUUGAAUAUGGAGUGCAGUGUUUCUGUGGUGACACCCACCCUCUACCCUCACUCUUGAGGGAUGCCUCCCAGUGCUCUAUGACAUGUCCUGGUAGCUCAGACACCAAGUGUGGUGGGAGAGUCAUGCUGUCCAUCUAUGAAACUGGCAUCACAGACAUUCCUGUGUUUGGAAAUAAGCUUGGAUGUUUUGAAGAUGAAGACCCCAGAGUGCUGCAAGAUUACAAACAAGAACUGGACAAAACAAAUUCUCCCCAGAGAUGUACAAACUUGUGUAGAAGUUUAGGCUUUCACUAUGCAGGAGUUGAGUACGGGAUGGAAUGUUUCUGUGGCAACUCUGUUAAAGCCAACACAACCAGAGAUGCAGAGGACAUUCAGUGUAACACUCCAUGUCCAGGAGAUCCCUUUGACACCUGUGGAGCCAACUGGAUGGUGAUGGCCUACCGAACCGGUCUCUCUGAACCUGCACCUGAGGCCAAGAAAGUAGCCUGUGUCAGUGAGAGAAGCCAACCUUUGAAAGGAUUCCGUAAAGACUUUCCUCGACCUACAACUCAGCAAAGGUGUGCUAAGCUGUGUUAUGACAAGGGAUUUUUCUACUCAACACUGAUUUCCAGUUCUCAAUGUUGGUGUGGGGAUGAAGGACCUUCUAGAAUACAAGCCUCCUCAGAGGAAUGUGGUAGAAGUCAAGUCCCUGUGUAUGAAACUGGAUAUCCAGCGAUAGCACACUUAAAUCACAAGGAUAACUACAUAGGAUGUUUUGAAGAUGAAAACAGAAAGUUUGAAGGUUCUAAAGAAAACUUUGAGACACAUUUGACACCAGAGAAAUGCUCUUCUUGGUGUUUUAACAAGGGCUACCUCUAUUCUGGCACUAAGAACAACAACGAGUGUCGAUGUUCAGACAAAUCAGCAACAGAUAGUAUGACAAAGGUUAUGGACACAGAAUGCUCUUCCACUUGCACAGGUGAUUCUACUAAGAAAUGCGGAGGAACUGGAAAACUAUCCAUCUAUUCUACUGGAAUUACAGAUGUACCCUCCAUGGGAAAGCUGUUGGGCUGUUACAAAGAUGAGUACCGACCUCGAACACUUGACUUGCAUAAAACAGACCUGGAGAAGACCAAUAGUCCUCGGAGAUGUCUCAACUAUUGCCUCGCUCUGGGCUUCAUGUUUGCUGGCGUAGAGUACCAGAAGGAGUGUUUCUGUGGAAACUCUCGUCCCAAUUCCACACUAGACGUGCCAGACAGUGAGUGUGAAUCUGUAUGUACAGGAGACCCUAGUCAGACAUGUGGAGGAGGGUGGCGCGUCGAGGCCUACCGUACUGGCUUUGGCUCCAACUCUGAAGAUCCUAUUCUGCCGCCUUCUGUGGCAACUACCAAGGCACCAGACAAGUGUGAACUGUCCCAAACAGUGGUCAAUGGACAGAAGGUUUGCCGUGGCACUCAAGUCUUCUACGACAGCUUCCAGACAUCCAGUAUCAGUGAACAAUGGCAACACAUUGUCAAGAUUGCUGAUGCCCCAGACUACGAGUUUGUCACCUUCACAUCAGAUGCUACAAACUCGUACAUUAGUGAUGGGAAACUAGUGAUCAAACCUACCCUGAUACCAGACAAGGAUGUGAAAGAAGGCACCAUCAAAGUAGACGGAUGCACUGGACUGGCAGGCACCAGAGAGUGUGGUUUGACAGCCUUCUCCUACAACAUUUUGCCACCAGUAAGAUCUGCACGGUUACACACCCGCAGCAGCUUCAACUUUCGCUACGGAGUGGUGGAGAUCAGAGCCUCACUACCAGCUGGAGACUGGAUUGUACCAGAGCUCUGGUUGGUCCCCAAAGAUCAGAGCUAUGGGACCAACUACUUGUCCGGCAAAAUAAAAAUUGCCAUGUCUCGGGGAAACAGGUAUCUAACACUCGAGGGCAAGGACCUGGGUUCGUCAGUGUUGGAGAGUGGAGUGCUGGCCGGGCCUGAGAACAACGUGUCCGUUCGGUCUGUGGUCAACAAGAUAUCAGGCAGCUGGAACAGUGUGGCUCACACCUUCACUCUGGUCUGGACCCCAGAUAAUCUGUCAUUUUACGUUGACGGGCAAUCACAGCAAGCACUGCUGCCUCCUAGUGGCCGCCUCUCUGAACUACUGGGUUUACAAAAGUCUGAGGUGGCCUCAUGGGAAACCGGCUCUAGACUGGCUCCUUUUGACACUGACUUUUACCUAUCACUUGGGCUCUCUGUUGGAGGUUCAAGGACGUUUCCUGAUGGAAGUGUCAGUGGAAACAAGGAGAAACCUUGGACCAACUUCAAGCUCAAAGCCAUGCUGAACUUUUGGCUCAAUAAAGAAACUUGGAGGCCAACAUGGGAGGAAGAUAAAUCAAGACUGGUUAUUGAAUAUGUUAAGGUUACAGCUCUGUAAUAAACAAAAGCUGUAAAUUAUUUUACUUUCACACUUUCCUAGUUAUCUAAU